GCGCACGGCGGCCGGGGCCGGAGGAGCACACGCGCAUGCGCAUGCGGGACACCGGCGGAGAGCCCUCAGAAGGAGCCGUCGCCAUAAUGUUCCGCUGCCGCUCGGCCGCCACGUUAAUACGCGCCUUGGGGCCCAAGUCACGGAGCCGAGGAGGCCACUUGUUUCAGCGAUGGAAAGUUCCAUUAGAAGUUCAGCUGAACAGACAAAUGGCUAGCUCUGGUGUUCCGGGGGGCAAAGGCGAAAAGGCUGUCUUUGCUCUCCUUGUGGGCUUGUCCACUUUAGGAGCAGGAGCCUAUGUGUACAAGACCUUGAAGGAAGAUAAAGAACGAUACAAUGAGCGCAUUGCAACAAUUGGUCAACGUCCCUCCCCAGAUGAGAGUUCUUCAUCAGAAGCAGAUUCUGCCUCACAGAGCACAGCAGGCACAGAAGCAGAGGCAGCCACUCGUCCAGAAUACCCAUCCCACGUUCCUUUCCUAUUAAUUGGUGGAGGCACUGCUGCUUUUGCUGCUGCCAGAUCCAUCCGUGCUCGGGAUCCUGGGGCCAGGGUGCUGAUUGUGUCAGGAGACCCUGAACUUCCAUACAUGCGACCUCCACUUUCCAAAGAACUGUGGUUUUCGGAAGACCCUGAUGUCACAGAAUCUCUGCGGUUCAAACAAUGGAAUGGCAAAGAGAGGAGUAUAUACUUCCAGCCGCCUUCUUUCUACGUUUCACCACGUGACCUGUCUUAUAUAGAGAAUGGCGGAGUGUCUGUCCUGACUGGCAGAAAGGUGGUCCACAUGGACGUCAGGGGCAACGUAGUGAAACUCGACAAUGGGACCCAGAUCUCCUAUGACAAGUGCUUAAUUGCUACAGGUGGUUCCCCAAGAAAUCUCCCAGUGAUCGAGAGGGGAGGCAAAGAGGUGCAAGAGAGGCUCACUCUAUUUCGGAAGAUUGAAGAUUUCCGUUCACUAGAGAAAAUUUCUAGAGAAGUCAAAUCAAUCACUAUUAUUGGUGGUGGUUUCCUGGGUAGUGAAUUGGCCUGUGCUUUGGGACGGAAAGCACAGUCGAAAGGUUUAGAGGUGAUCCAGAUGUUUCCAGAGAACGGCAACAUGGGCAAAGUUCUUCCCGAGUACUUGAGUAACUGGACUACCAACAAAGUCAGGCGAGAGGGAGUGAAUGUGAUGCCCAAUGCAGUUGUGAAGUCUGUGUCUCUUGCUGGGAACCGGUUGCUCAUAAAAUUGAAGGAUGGAAGAAAAGUGGAAACAGAUCACAUUGUGGCAGCUGUGGGUUUAGAGCCCAAUGUGGAGUUGGCAAAAUCAGCUGGUCUGGAAGUGGAUUCAGACUUCGGGGGCUUCAGGGUGAAUGCAGAGCUGCAGGCCCGCUCCAAUAUCUGGGUGGCAGGAGAUGCGGCUUGCUUCUAUGACAUCAAGCUAGGCAGGCGGCGUGUAGAGCACCACGAUCAUGCUGUUGUGAGUGGAAGAUUGGCUGGAGAAAACAUGACUGGAGCAGCAAAGCCCUACUGGCACCAGUCUAUGUUCUGGAGUGAUCUGGGCCCAGAUGUUGGCUAUGAAGCGAUUGGCCUUGUGGACAGCAGCUUGCCCACUGUGGGGGUAUUUGCUAAAGCAACAGCAAAGGACACCCCAAAAUCUGCAACAGAAGAGUCAGGUACUGGAAUUUGCUCAGAAAGUGAAACUGAAACAGAAGCAUCUGAGCUCAGAGUCUCAGCUGCCUCACCUUCCAGCCUGCAGGCACCCCAGCAAGGGGAAGACUAUGGGAAAGGAGUCGUUUUCUACCUCAGGGAUAAAGUGGUGGUGGGCAUUGUGUUGUGGAACAUCUUCAACCGGAUGCCAAUUGCUCGAAAGAUCAUUAAGGAUGGGGAAGAGCACACUGACCUCAAUGAAGUUGCCAAGCUCUUUAACAUCCACGAGGAAUGAGCAUCCUGCCCGGGGCUGGGGUGUCAUUUGAAAACUGAAUGUGUGACAGAGAAAGGCUCUUUGUGCGGACUAUGUGUGUGUGUUCAGUUGUGUGACCAGCCUAUCCCACACCACCCUGUGUGUGUGAAUAUUUGUGAAUGUUUGAAAUGGCUCUUGAGCUCUAUUUGCACCAUGAAUUAAACCAGAUUCUGAAUUACAAUUAA